AUGGCGGCGGUAGCUGUGUCCGAGUCCUGGCCGGAGCUGGAGCUGGCUGAGCGCGAGCGGAGGCGCGAGCUGCUGCUCACCGGGCCCGGGCUGGAGGAGCGGGUGCGAGCCGCGGGUGGACGGCUGCCGCCACGGCUCUUCACGUUACCGCUGCUGCACUACCUGGAGGUGAGCGGCUGCGGCAGCCUCCGCGAGCCCGGGCCAGGCCUGGCGCAGGGCCUGCCGCAGCUGCACAGCCUCGUGCUGCGGCGCAACGCGCUGGGCCCUGGCCUGAGUCCCGAGCUGGGCCCGCUGCCCGCGCUGCGUAUCCUCGACCUGUCGGGCAACGCCUUGGAGGCGCUGCCGCCGGGCCAGGGCCUGGGCCCCGCCGAGCCUCCCGGUCUCCCGCAGCUGCAGAGCCUCAACCUCAGCGGCAAUCGGCUACGAGAACUGCCCGCCGACCUGGCGCGCUGCGCCCCGCGCCUGCAGAGCCUCAACCUCACCGGCAACUGCCUGGACGCCUUCCCCGCCGAGUUCUUCCGCCCCGGUGCCCUACCGUUGCUCAGCGAGCUGUCGGCCGCCGACAACUGUCUGCGGGAACUCAGCCCCGACAUCGCGCACCUGGCCUCGCUCAAGACACUGGACCUCUCCAACAACCAGCUGAGUGAGAUCCCUACAGAGCUGGCUGACUGCCCCAAGCUCAAGGAGAUCAACCUCCGAGGAAACAAACUUCGAGACAAGCGCCUGGAGAAGAUGGUUGGCAGCUGCCAGACCAAGUCCAUUCUGGAGUACCUGCGUGGGGGUGGCCGGGGCUGCCGGGGCAAGGGCCGGACAGAGGGCGCCGACAAGGAGGACAGCCGUAAGAAGAAGCGAGACCGGAAACAGCGGCGAGAGAGUGGUGAGGGAGAGGAUGAGGUGGCAGACACGGCCAGGCUGCUGCUCAGGGUCCUGCACAUCUCUGAGAACCCAGCACCCCUGAUGGUCAAAGUGAGCCCAGAGGUCAAGGACGUGCGCCCCUACAUCGUGGGGGCUGUUGUGAGAGGCAUGGACCUGCAGCCCGGAAAUGCCCUCAAACGCUUCCUUACCUCCCAGACAAAGCUCCAUGAUGACCUCUGUGAGAAGAGAACAGCAGCCACCAUUGCAACCCAUGACCUCCAGGCCGUGCGUGGACCCCUGCUGUACAUGGCUCGGCCGCCCCAGGACCUCAAGAUUGUGCCCUUGGGAAGGAAAGAAGCCAAAGCCAAGGAGCUGGUGCGGCAACUACAGCUGGAGGCCGAGGAGCAGAGGAAGCAGAGGAAGAGGCAGAGCACAUCAGGGCUGCACAGAUACCUUCACUUACUGGACGGGAAGGAGAAUUACCCUUGUCUUGUGGAUGCAGAUGGAGACGUGAUUUCCUUCCCACCAAUCACCAACAGUGAGAAGACAAAGAUAAAGAAAACGACAGGUGCCUUGUUCUUGGAAGUAACAAGUGCUGCGAGUCUGCAGAUCUGUAAAGACAUCAUGGAUGCCCUCAUUCUGAAAAUGGCAGAACUGAACAGAAGCACUUUAGAAAGUAAAGAGGAAGGCUCACUCUCGGACACAGAAGCAGAUGCAGUUUCCGGACAACUCUUUAAUCCUGGAACAAAUCCAAGUGCUGGGAAGGAUGGACAGUGCCCUCUGGUGGUGGAGCAGGUCCGCGUGGUGGACCUGGAGGGGAGCUUGAAGGUGGUGUACCCUUCCAAGGCCGACUUGACCACCACCCCUCCCUACGUGACAGUGAUUCGCUGACAGUCCAGACCUCAGCCCCCGUGCCUACAGCAGGCUGUGCUGUGUGCCCGGGGUGGGUUUGUGGAGGUGUGUGUGGUAAUGUUAAGUUAUCCAAUUCCUCGUCACUUCUGUAUUUUAGGGUGUCUCUUCUCCAGGCGAGUUCACCCAAAAGUGGUGGUGUCUUCUCAUUACAGCACUAACGUGAUUAACUUUCAGAGAAUCACGGAAAUGCUGGAAAUGCCUAUUCCAAUAGCUUGGAAUCAUGUAGAUGUGGCAGGUGACGUGGGAGACUUUUAAGUGUGGUGUGAAUGUGCAGGUGUAAAGUCAUGCAUCUUACUGAACUCUGGUAAUUUCUCUACAAUGUAGGAUUUUUAUGUCAUCUUGUGUCAUUUUCUACCAACAAAGAAGUCUUCAUGUGACCUUA